AACAUCCGGGUCUCUGGUUAAUGAACAGUCACUGCCAUUAGCUUCUAAUCGUCAGUUGUGGGGGAAAAAGAAAAGGCCAGUCGAAAUGCAAACGUCUUUAGCGAACAUUGUUUUAUUCUCGUCCCUGCAGGUUUUGUUGUCUUUGACGUGCUUUCAAGAGGUUGUCGAAGCAGCCAGCGGAAAAGGCUUUGGAGAUAACAUCCACUGGAGGACGCUGGAUGAUGGCAAGAAAGAGGCAGAGGCUAGCGGGCUGCCAAUCAUGCUCAUCAUCCACAAGAGCUGGUGUGGAGCCUGCAAAGCACUGAAGCCCAAAUUUGCUGAGUCCAAGGAAAUCUCUGAGCUUGCACACAACUUUGUCAUGAUCAACCUGGAGGAUGAAGAGGAGCCAAAGGAUGACGCCUUCAGCCCUGAUGGUGGAUACAUUCCUCGGAUUCUUUUCCUUGAUCCCAGCGGUAAAGUCCAUCCUGAAAUCACCAACAAGAAUGGGAAUCCAAACUACAAGUACUUCUACAGCAACGCAGAACAAGUUAUAUCCGGUAUGAAGGAAGCUCAGGAGAAGCUGACGGGUGAUGCCUUUAAGCAGCGUCACACUGGAGACGAGCUGUGAGGAGGCAGCGACGGGCAUCAGGCUGUAAGGGCUACACUUCCUCCACCUGAGCCUGUGCUUCAGAGCGCCCUGUUAUACUCCCAAACCUUCACUAAUUAUACACCAGAUGGUGGGGUCCACCUCACUGAACCAAGCCAACCAUUAAAAUCGGUGCUUGAGUAUUUGUUUCUGUCCCGUACGGUUUUUCCAGCACCGCGAUUCGUUUUCCCGUCGCUGUCUCUGAUUUAAAACAUGUAUAUUUGUAAUCUACUGUUAAUUACAUGCCAUGUACUGUACUUACUGUCUGUAGAGGAUAUAACCAACUCAAGAAUAGCCAAGUUAACUAUUAUUUCCCACUGACAUACACUGUUGUUGGACGGAAACUACUGAAUUAUGCCAAGUCCUAAGUAACUGCCUUGUUUGUCACCAGACAACCAUGAAAAUUUCUUAGUUUUAAGAAGUUUCUCAAACACCUUGUUCACAACUUUAUAAUUAAUUUUAAAUUUAAUUGGGUGUUUUCACCCAACAGCAAUGACCAUACUUCAUACUAGUCGAGAUAAAUAUUUUAACACCUCCUGUGACGUGCUUCCAAAGAUCCUCUACAGUGCAUUAGUUAUAUCUGUGAUACUAUUUACCCUGCACUACAACUCUGUACUUCUGAUUUCUACUAUCCACAGUCUUUAAAAUAAUCUUAAUUAUUCAUUUAAACCUGCCAAUUUAUGUAUACUUACUUAGCUAUAUCUUACAUAAUUGUUUCUUCCUGUUCUGGAUUUGUUUUGCUGCUCGUGAAGUGACACCGCUCUGUUCCUUUUUUCUUUUUUUAAACUUGAAUGAGAGAUGAAAACAUUGGUUAUGUGUCUUGAUGUAUUUUAUACAUGUACACAGCCAAGUGUGCAAAUAAAGUUUGUUGUACUGA